GAGAGCAGAGCGGAGCGGAGCGAUGGCACUCUCUGACCGGGCGCAGGACGGACUCCUCUCUCGGACAGCGACGGACUUAUAACGCGGGAAGCGGCGGUGAUGAGCGGAGGAGGACGGGGGGAAGCCGUGGAGGAGGUCUGAGAGAAAACGGUUCGCCACGAGGAGAGAAAACAAACACAAACGAGUAACGUUAACGGUCACCAAGUUCUCUCAGCUGAUACCGAUUGGCGCCAUUUUUUGGUGGAAAUGCAGUAUUUACAGUUUUAGUGUCUCUUAUUUUCCUCCCAAAAACUGAUUUCCGUGUCGUAUUUUUGAGAAAUUGGGCGCUACAGCGUGCGGUAAAGACUUCAUUCAUGUCCUCUGGUUCCAGGAGCGGUUAUUCCCCACCUCAGAAACUGUGGAGGGGUCGAGUUUGAACGGUAUCUACGUGAAAACAUUUGUUCAAAGCUUCCCGUUUAACCCAAAGACGAUGGUGAAAUUUCACAACUCUGACCUGUGGAUUGCUUGGCUGCUGCUCUUCUGCAUGGAAGUGUGCGUUCGCUCACUGGAAGUGACCGUCAGCCAGAGCAGCGUCCAGGUCGCCAGGGGCCAGGCGGCCAUCUUGCCCUGCACCUUCACCACCAGCGCAGCACUCAACAACCUCUACAUCAUCUGGAUGGUCACACCACUGGCCAACGCUAACCAGCCAGAGCAGGUGAUCAUCUACCAGGGCGGUCAGGUGUUCAGUUUAGCCAAUCACAUGAACGGGCGGGUAGGCUUCGUGGCCACUAUGCCCAGCACAAGUGCCUCAAUCUUCAUCAACAACACGCAGCUGUCGGACACGGGUACCUACCAGUGCCUGGUCAACAACCUGCCCGACCGAGGAGGCCGCAACAUCGGCGUCAUCGGACUGACCGUGCUCGUGCCCCCCUCAGUGCCGUCGUGUCGAGUGCAGGGGUCUCUGGACGUGGGCAGUGACGUGAUGCUGCUGUGCGGCUCUGAGGAGGGAAUCCCGACGCCCACCUACUCAUGGGAGAAGCUUGAGUCCAUCCCCAAACUGCCUCACACCGCCAUGCAAGAUCAGAUGCAGGGCACGGUGACGUUACGGAACAUCAGCACCACCACGUCCGGUCUGUACCAGUGCACGGCAUCCAACGCCAUCGGCAAGAGCACCUGCCUGCUCAACCUGCAAGUGGUGACGCCUCAGCCUCAGAGUGUGGGCCUCAUUGCCGGAACCAUCGCCACUGCCGUUCUGGCCGUGGUGAUCUGCUCGCUGCUGGUGGUGGUCAGUCUCUUCUACUGGAGGAAUAAGAACAGAUACGAAGAGGACGAAAUCCCCAACGAGAUCAGAGAGGACGACCUUCCUCCUAAGCGGUCUUCUUCAGUGAAAGCCUUCCACGCGGACGCCUCGUCCUCGGAGAACGACACGCUGACCUCCACCAACACGUACAACAGUCGCUACUGGCACAACCCCAAGCCCAACUACGACACCAACUCCUACACGCGCUACAACGGCGACACGCGCCAGACCUUUACAGCCGGAGGGGGCGGGCACAGCACCGCCGGCACUGCCCCCUCCCGUGGCCCCACCUACGCCAACGGCAGCCACACCUUGCCGCCACCCAAAACUCUGGUGGUCACCACCAAUUCCGCGCCGUCCCCGCCCGCCAUGACCCGCAGCAACGGCUCCCUCAGCCUGAGACCGCCGGCGACCGUCACCACGGCGCCUGGGACGUCCCACGGCCCGCACACACACACGCAUUCGUACGCCGUGAGCCAGGCCACGCUGGAGCGCAUGGGCGCCGUGCCUGUCAUGGUGCCCGCCCAGAGCCGGGCCGGAUCACUCGUCUAACGUAAACGAACAGAGUUACGUUUUUUUAUGAGAGUUCACCCAAUGCCAACUGUCUGGUCCACUGCUGAGCAGCACCUCGUGUACUUCUCCUGAUUUCGCUGUGUGUCUCUCUACGUCGGCGGAUUAGCAAUAAAACACGGCCAGCUCUGCGGCCGGUGGGACGCGCCGCCCUUUCUCAAAGCGACGACGGACAGUGGAGGCCCUUUGGAAAACGCUUGGAACAUUUUCUUCUGUUAUGAAAGUGCAUGAGUGUCUGACCGGUGCGCAUUUUUCAUUUUCUACCACUAUCUGUCCAAGUAAAAUGACUCCAUAAGGAAAAAUCUUUCCAAAAAGGCAUCGGUCAAGCUGACCGUACGUGUCUCGACAGAAUGGUUUGGUUAGAAAUCCAAUGUACAUGAUUUCCAGUUUACCCCAGAUGUGGUCGAUCAGCCAAGACAUGUUUGGUCCGAAGAUUGCAUCUUUAGUUUAGCGCUG